CACACUGAUGCUGAAUAGUGCAAUGAUAUUUGGAAGUGUAUUAUUUUUUUAAAUGAAAAUCACACGACGAUUCGAGGCAAAUGGAACGGACAAACGCUGCCCAUCAGAAAUAGCAGAAAUAGUAGAAAUAGGACGCGAGUGAACCCAGCAGAAGAGCACAGGAACGGGAGCGAGCGAAACAGCAGAAGUCAGCAGAGGGCCCAGGCAGAAGGCACAGCAGCAAAGUAAGGUAGAGCGAGGGAAGACAACAAAACGCAACAAAGAGUCGAAGCCAGUAAAGCAUGAGCUGGCGCUGAAACUGAAACCGAAACCGAAAUUGAAAUUAUAACCGCAACCUGCAAGUGCACGUGGAGGGGAGUGAAGCCAAAAGGAAGAAACAAGAAUCGAGAUUCAAGGCGAACGCUGGUAGGGGAAGCAUAACGUGGCGACAAUAACAAAGCGAACGAAGAGAACUCAUAACUGUUAGUGGCUCCGUGUUACGGUUGACGGAAGAGGCAAAGCUGCAGGCAGGUGCAACUACAUCGCCCCACUCGCACAUUCGCUUGGCAUCCAUAUCCAUUACCCACCUUCAUCCAGGGAACGGCAGGAAGACGGCGUCGCAUCAGCAUCAGACGCAACAUCAUCAUCGCCAUCAGCAGAAGCAAUCCACCAGCAGCAGCAGCAGCAGUAACAACAAUAACAAUAUGAGCACCGUGUUCAUUAAUUCAAGAAAAAGUCCCAAUGUGCCGAAGAAACAGGGCACCGACCAGUGGGUCAAGCUAAAUGUGGGUGGCACCUACUUUCUGACCACCAAAACGACGCUCUCCCGUGACCCAAAUUCGUUUCUGUCCCGUCUUAUACAGGAGGACUGCGAUUUGAUAUCGGAUCAGGACGAGACUGGAGCAUAUUUGAUCGACAGAGACCCCAAAUACUUUGCGCCUGUACUAAACUAUCUGAGACAUGGCAAGCUUGUGCUCGAUGGCGUCUCGGAGGAGGGUGUGCUGGAAGAGGCCGAGUUCUACAAUGUGACACAGAUGAUAGCGCUGCUCAAGGAGUGCAUCAACCACAGGGAUCAGAGACCGCAUGCGGAUAAGAAACGCGUUUAUCGCGUGCUGCAAUGCCGCGAGCAGGAACUGACCCAGAUGAUCUCAACACUGUCGGAUGGCUGGCGGUUCGAGCAGCUGAUCAGCGUCGGCACACAAUACUCCGCCUACGGCCCCUUCGAUAGCAAUGAGUUCCUCUGCGUGGUGUCCAAAGAGUGCGGCACCACGGCCGGCCGCGAGCUAGAGCCCAGCGACCGGGCAAAAGUUCUGCAGCAGAAAGGAUCGCGAAUUCUUGGAAUUUAAACACACGCAAAAUGUUCACAUCCAAUCCCUGCAAAUCGCAAUCCCCGCCUUCAUCAUCAUCCACAAUUCGAAAGCAACAAAAACAAGACACAGAACAGCAGACAACUGACAACAAAAAUUCGGAAUAAUAAUUGGAAGAAAAAUUAUGGAAAUUCUCAUCACACAUCCACGGUCAGCCAAGCGAAUCAAGCAGCCACCCCCCAGCCCCAGCCCAAGCCCCAGCCCAAGCCCUAGCCCUAGCUCCAAUCAUUGCAUAGCAGCUCAAAAACAACAGCAUUGCACCGCAGCACAUCACUUUGAUUCAUUUCAAUCAUCAAAAUCAGAUCAAAUCGGUCGGAUGUAGGAAGCUGCAUCCAACAUCCACAAACACAUCUAUUGUACGCUCCAUUUCCACUCAAGACAAAAGUUAACAGCCAAUAAUACUACGAUUCCCUCUUGCGUGUGCGUGGUGUGCUUGUCUCCACUGUACAGUACAGUACAGUAAAGCACGUUGUGUGUGCGCGAGUGCAUGUGUUCAACUUGUAGUGAAAACAAAAACAAAAACAAAAACCAAAAACAAAAGAUAAAAUACCUUUACUAAACAAACACGCACAAAACUAAGAUAGAUACCACUUUUGUUUGCUUCGAUGCACUCCACUGCCAGACAGGAAUAGGGAUGAUGAUGCGGAUGAUGAUACUCAAGUUGGAAGGGUUGAGGAGAUGGAGCAGCCGCAUCAGUACACCGUACAGCCGUACAGUGGGAUACACCGCCACACCAGCUUUAGCUUUAGCUUAGAUAAACACGCACACACCAGUAGCAUUCAGUCUGCGUCAGACGGAUCUGCUGGGGACACAAUAAGCUAAGGCGACGGCAACACACACAUACACCAGUAGAGCCGGGAUCAAGGAGGACAGGCAGGCAGGACAGGCAAAACAGACAGAACAGGCAGAACAGACAGAACAGACAGCUGGAUGUUGUUUUGUAGAGUUAGUUUUAAUAGUUUCUAUCGUGCUUACAAUAAAGCGAACGGCAGCCUCGUUGACGCUGGGCAGCUUACACUUUUCUGCGGCUGGCGGAUUGCACCCAGAUAGUCGCGGUUUUAGGUCGCGAUUCCCUUGGUCUAAAGUCUAAGCAAUUUACUUUCUGUACACUAAGUUCGAGCUGCAUUUACAUGUCUGACAUGUCCGAGUGUUUUGUUAAACACACACAGAGCAUAGAGAGCAUACAUAUAGCAUAUUGUAGAACGAACACGGGCAGCCCCUCGUUGUGUGUUGUGUUGUGUUGAGUUGAGUUGAGUGACGUGUAGCGCCCGGUUCACCACCUUGAGCUUUAUUUAGAAAGUGUAUAAAAUGCAGACACACAAAUAACAUAAU